AUGGCUGUUGAUAUCCAAAACUACCAUGUUACUCAACAUCUCAUAGAGAAAUAUUACGAACAUAUUUUAGGCAGUGCCUAUAAGGAGCACAUCUCUAGUAGAGGUAGUGACUAUUCAAAUUCUUCUUCAAGUUUAAAAAAUAAUACUAAGGCAGGUGCUAGAGAAACCUCGAUAGACACUAAACAAAGUAAAUCGAAUUCAGAUUCAAAUGAGGUCUCUAGUCAAUCUGGAAGUACAAAAGUUGGAGGAGAUAAAAGUAAAAGUUUAGAUGACACUUCUUCUGAUACUGCUCUUAAUAAUGACCAAGAAAACGACUCGAAGAAUGCUUCUGAAGAAAAAGAUAAUGGAUCUUUUAUUCCAAAAUGUAAAAAUUUCUUACAUAGCUUAUUUGCUGGUGAUUAUGAAAGAGAUUUAUUAAUUGAAAGAGUACUAUCUGAAAAACAACAUGCAAUGUCUUUUGAAGAAUGGAAAGCUGCAGGUUUAAGAUUAGAUGGUCUAACUAAUAAAAAUCAAUGGAAACAAAGAGCUGACUCGAAUUUAUACGAUUAUAAACUUAUCAAGGGUUUAACAGAAAAGUUACGGCAAUCAAGAUUGGAUGAGGAUUAUUAUCAGUUGUUGUAUUUAAUUAGAACUAACUGGGUUAGAAAUUUAGGUGGCAUGGGAAAUGUAAACCUAUAUAGAAGAUCGCACGUUGGAACAAAAUAUAUCAUAGAUGAUUAUAUUGAAGAAUCAAGAUUAUGUAUAGAGGUUUUAUUAAAUCAAUCCGAAUUAGAUGAUAGCUAUUUAUUAGGUAUCCUACAACAAACUAGAAGAAAUAUAGGGAGAACGGCAUUGGUCUUAAGCGGUGGUGGUACUUUUGGUUUAUUCCAUAUAGGUGUCCUAGCAACUCUUUUUGAAUUGGAUUUAUUACCUAGGGUUAUUAGUGGUAGUAGUGCUGGUGCUAUAAUCGCAAGUAUCCUUUCAGUCCAUCAUAAAGAUGAAAUUCCAGAAUUAUUAGAACGUGUGUUAGAAAGUGAGUUUAAUAUUUUUAAAGAUGAUAGUCAGAAAAGCGACAGUGAGAAUUUAUUGAUUAAAAUUUCAAGAUCGUUUAAAAGCGGGACUUGGUUUGACAAUCAGCAUUUAGUAAAUACCAUGAUUAUGUUUCUAGGAGAUCUGACAUUCAGGGAAGCUUACAAUAGAACUGGUAAAAUUUUAAACAUUACCGUAUCGCCAGCAUCUCUAUUCGAACAACCAAGGCUAUUGAAUAACUUAACAGCUCCAAAUGUUCUAAUUUGGUCGGCUGUAUGUGCAUCAUGCUCGUUACCAGGUAUCUUUCCUUCUACAAAUCUUUACGAGAAGGAUCCAAGAACUGGAGAAACAAGAGAAUGGAAUGGUAGUAGUUCAGUGAAAUUUGUAGAUGGCUCUGUCGAUAACGAUUUGCCUAUUUCAAGACUUUCAGAAAUGUUUAAUGUUGAUCAUAUCAUUGCUUGUCAGGUGAAUCCACACGUCUUUCCAUUCUUAAAAUUUGCGCUUUCUUGUGUGGGUGGUGACAUUGAAGAUGAAUUUAGUGCAAGGUUCAAGCAGAAUAUUUCAAGUAUUUACAGCUUUUUAUCCAAUGAAUUGAUACACAUGUUAGAAAUGGGCAGUGAACUAGGUAUUGCCAAAAAUGUUUUAACAAAAUUUAGAUCUGUACUUUCUCAACAAUAUUCCGGUGAUAUAACUAUCCUACCAGAUAUGAAAAUGUUAUUACGAAUGAAUGAAAUUCUAAUUAACCCAUCAACGGAAUUUUUGCUGAGAGAAACGACAAAUGGUGCCAGAGCAACAUGGCCAAAGGUUUGUAUUAUCCAGAAUCAUUGUGGUCAAGAACUUGAGCUAGACAAAGCAAUUACAUACUUGAAAGGUAAGAUUAUAGUUUCAGCAUCAAUCAAGAAUCCGUUACAAUUUGCAGAAAUGCCAGUAGGUUUGAUUAAAUCGUCGCAACAAAGAGUCGAAGAUAAUACGGAUGAUAAUCCUAUAUCAAAUGUACUAGAUGAUAACCUAUUGGAAGCGGAAUCAUCAAAUUCACUUUUGUUGUUGCGUGAAAAUGCCAGUCAUUAUAAGAGAGCUUCUAAUUCAAAAGUUAUGUUUUCAACGUAUGCUCUAUCUAACAACACAAGAAGAAACAGACGUUCGACUGAUCUAUCUACCAAUACAAGAAAUAUGUCACAUUCAUUUUCAUUUUCUGCCUCAUCACCAUCUUCAAGGGUAUCCAGAUAUCCUCACAGACAUUCCGUAGUUCGACCAUCAAUAUAUAAAAAGGGAAGUACCGGACAAUUAUUAGUCCCAAAGGACCCAAAUCCAGUAAUGGUACAAAGUAGAAAGCUAUUCGAUGAUAGUGAUUCCUCCUCUCUAACUGGGGAAGGAAAUCAUAUAGUUGUUCCCUCCCCAAGUUUAGCCAAGAUUAGCACAUUACACUCUAUAGAGUUCGGAGUUGUGAAAGACUCUUAUGAGAAAACAAAUAUCACAGCUACAAAAUUUAAAUAUGUGGAAACUACAGAUGAGCUAGAUAGUGUUUUUGUAUCAGAGUCUGAUAAUGAUGAUAUCUCACCUAAGAAGGUUAAUAACAGAGAACUAAGAGCUCGUAAGAAUGCAGGGAGAACAAAUCGCAGAGUUUCAAGUGAGAAAAACAGGAGAAGAACAUCAUUAACACCUGUCAAGAAGAUUAUGGCAGAAGCUGACUGA